GUUUUUCUGAGACCCUCACCGAAACUUUUCUCUAUCAACACACAAACAGCCCUCUAAUUUUCCCACCUUCCUUCUCUCACAUCCCGCAGCCAUGGCCGCUAUCGCAGAAAAAGUCCCUGUCAAGGUUCCCCCACCAGCUUUCUCCGACAUUGCGAAAGCUUCCAACGACCUCAUCAACAAGGACUUCUACCACACUGCUGCAGCUGCCCUCGAGGUCAAGCUGAAGGCCCCCAAUGGUGUUAGCUUCACGGCGAAGGGAACUUCAGCGCAUGAUGGUCCUGUCUCGUCAUCUCUUGAGGGAAAGAAGGGCCUCAGCAAUGGUAUCAGCAUCACCCAGUCGUGGAAUACCGCCAACAUGUUGGCCACCAAGGUCGAGCUCAACGACACCUUCGCUACUGGAUUGAAGGCCGAAGUCCUCUCCAACUUCAACCCCGCGGCUGGAAACAAGGGACAAAAACUCAACCUGCACUUCAAGCAGAGCCUCUUCCAUGGUCGUGUCUUCGGAGAUCUUCAGCCCAGCGGCAAGGUAAGCGCAAUCGCUGAUCUUGUUAUGAGCCACGAAGGCUUCAUGGUCGGUGGCGAGGUGGGAUACGACGUUCAGAAGGCCUCCAUCACCAAGUACUCUGGCGCUCUUGGCUACACCACCGGCACUUACAACGCGGCCAUCACCGCUACCAAUUCGAUGCAACUCUUCACCGCUUCGUACUACCAGAAGGUCAACUCGGCUGUUGAGGCCGGCGCGAAGGCUUCUUGGGAUGCGAAGAGCGGGAACACGGUCGGCCUUGAGCUUGCUGGCAAGUACAAGAUCGACACCUCUUCCUUUGCCAAGGCCAAGAUCAACAACCUCGGUAUUGCGUCUCUCGCCUACAACACCAAGGUUAACAGCGGCCUCACCUUCGGCAUUGGUGGAUCCUUUGAUACCCAGAAGUUGAACGAGUCUGGCCACAAGCUCGGCACCAGCUUCACCUUUGAGGGUUAGGUAUAAAUCCUCAUUCCAGGCAAGGUUGGCGGGAAAUUGGGGCAAUAUAGAGGUGGACAGGGGUAGUGAGCGAGCAGUUUCUUAGAUGCUCUGCGCAUUCUUGCAUUCCGGCAUGUACAACAGUCCGUCUCAAUGCAUCCAUUCAGUUCAU